AUGAAGAGUCUUCCGGCUUCAUUUGAUCCUCAAUGCCCUGCAGAAAAGGUUCGUGAACUUCUGGCCAAAGCUGAACGUAUUCUUCAUCCAAGUAAUGUAUACGUAUGUCGAUUGCGUACCGCUUUAUUUCACUUAACGGGAUCGUUGGACACAAAUAUCGGCAUGUUGCAUAAGCAGAUAUACGAAAAUUACAAAUUCUACAAAAGUUCUCAAGCAGAGAUAAACUGCUUCAGAUGUUUCCCGGAGGCAGAUCGUCAUGUUGGCUACCAGCUGCUCCACAUUGUCAAGGGUCUUAUUGAAAAUGGCAAGAGGAACGAGGUAUAUCGGCUUCAGAUUUAUCACUAA